UCGUCAGUAGAAGGAGAAGUGCAGCUCUACGCUCAGCGGGCGGAGGCGCAUAACGGAGCUCUGCACUUCAGGUCAGCAGUGGUCAGAGCACAAGGGAGGCCCUGUAUGGUUUUAAAUGUGGGUGGACUUCUAAGGAUUCAGUUAAUCAAGAGUCCAGUGCAAGAAUGAAUAAGCAAAUUCGUGUUCAGUUGACAGGCAUCAGUUGCAUUUUACUGCUGUUUUGCCUCCAAAUGUGCAUUGGUGAAAAGGACUGCACUGGAGUAGACUGUCCAGUUUUGGAGAACUGCAUUGAGGAGAUGUUGGAAGAGGGAGAGUGCUGUGCUACUUGUUUCCGGCGAGGAUGCACUUGCAAAGGUUAUCAGUAUUACGACUGCAUCAGUGCGGGAUUCAAAAACGGGAAGGUUCCUGAAGGAGAGUUUUACUUAGUAGACUCUGGCAGCACAGAAUGCUCUUGCCCUGAGGGUGGAGGGAAGAUAGGAUGCCACUUCAUUCCUUGCCCUGAAAUCCCAGCUAACUGUAUUGACUUUUCUGAAUCUACUGAGAGUUGUCCCCAUUGCUUGCGGGUCGGGUGCAUCUACAAAAACCAGACGUACGAAGCUGGCCACUCCUUCCGCAUGGAUCCAUGUCAGGUGUGCCACUGCCCGAAUGAUGGAGGUGACCUGAUGUGUUCCCCAAUUCCCAACUGUGACUCAGAAAUGGUCAAGGGACCAAAGCAGCCUGCAGAACAUGAAGCGAAGGAAGAGGACCGUAAUGAGCUUCUUAUCACCGAACGUGAAGGUCCUGUCGACAUCCCCACCAAACAUCAUCCUGGAUUCCCCAGUAAUUUCUUACCCGUCUACUACAACAACCCAUCAGAGUUUGACAAGACUGCAGACUAUGACUACUUCCCAGAAACCACCUCAACAUCAAAGCCAGAGGGUUCCACUCAAUCUUCUUCACCUGUCAGUCCUGAAGCUCAGUCUUACCAUGAUGGUCUACACAAAGACAGCAGAAAAGAGCUUAGAGAAAUACUAGGUGCAUAUGACACGGAAGAAGCCAUGAAUUCUCCCUCACCACUGGUUCCCACCACUACAGCACAUCAAGAAGGCCAGACGGUAAGUUUCAAAAAGGAGACCCCUCCUUCUGAGCCAGAAACUGCUGGUGCACAGACAACACAACGCAUCCAAACAGAGAGACUGAUCCCAUCAAGGGCUGCCACACAUCGUUUCUUGGAUGAAGAAGAAGCAGGGGAUACUAUUCAUCACAUCCACAGGGAGAGCCAUGGCACACAUCACAGAGGCACUGGGAAGCAUGUGAAACACUCUGACACAAAGUUUCACUCCACAAGCCCAGAAUACACCAGCCCUAAAACACAGAGCAGCCCUACUAACUCACCAGUCAUGAGUUUGAAGGAACAUGAGACUCCCAGGCUUUCACAAACAGAGGUCCAAGAGGAGAAGGAGGAGGACGAAAAUGAACUAUAUGCAGAGCACAAGAACCAAGGAGUCUCUUCUAGGGAGAUGAUUAGUGUGUGUUGUGAAGCUGGUAAGAAAUGGGCCUCCAUGCGCCAGCACUGCACCAACAUGGAACCCACCAGGAUGGACCCCGUCUCUUUGUGCUGGACUGUGCAGAGUCGGUGCUGUUUGGGCUCUUUGCAUGAGAGUAACUGCUUGGCUGGCCUCCGUUCAGCCCGAGCGGGCCAUGCCUGUGGAGCUGAUGGUGAUGAUGCCUGUGGGACAGACUCUUACAAGGAGUGCUGCAGUUGCUGUGCAUUGGGUCUGCAUUUAAGGUGGGAUGGUGGGCACUGUGAAGCCCCUCAUGGCCUGAGCCACUCCUGCACUCAUGCGCUCAAAACCUGCUGCCUGGGGGCAGAUGCAUCCAACCAGAGUGUGAUCAGAGAGAGGGCACAACCCCAGCCCACCACCCCACCAAGGAGAGUUUCCGCCAGUCCAGACAAACAGGCCAUGUCCCUGGAUGAGGUAGCAGAGGCAGAGAAUGCGGUGGAGAAGGUGGAGGAGAUUGAGGGUCUGCAGGAUGUGAAUGAGUGUGAAGUGUAUGAAGGCCAGCUGUGCCAGCAGCAGUGCAUCAACACACUGGGAUCAUACUUCUGCGCCUGCCUCCCCGAAUACAUACUGCAGCCGGAUGGCAGCAGCUGCCUGAAAGUGACUUCAGAAAAAGAAAACAGUCUAAAAGAGCUCGACUCUCCCACCGCCAACCCGAGCCCAGAGAAGAUGCCCACCACUCCACCCCCUGACCUGCUGGACCCUUGUGAAGGAAAUGGCCCUUGUGCGCAGCGCUGCUCUCCAGUGGCCGGGCAACCUCUCUGCUCUUGUUUCCCAGGAUUCUCUCUGCUGGCUGAUGGACACUCUUGUGAAGACAUCAAUGAGUGUCUGCUCUCAAUGCACACUUGCCAUCUAUCUAACGAGAGAUGUGUCAACACUCUCGGUCACUUCACGUGCGAGAAGUACGUCACUUGCCCCGCAGGGUAUCAGCUGAGGAGCAAUAUGUGUGAAGAUAUUAAUGAGUGCACCCUGGGGAAUCAUAACUGCGGAGCGGGUUUUGAAUGCAUUAACACGGUGGGCUCAUUCAGCUGCAGGGCCAGACUGAGAUGUCCUGGAGGCUUUACUCACGACACACGUGGCCAGUGUGUUGAUAUUGACGAGUGCCGGACGGUGAGCCAGCCAUGCAGCUCGGGGUUCAACUGUGUUAACACGAUCGGAUCAUAUACCUGCCAGCGCAAGAUCAUCUUGUGUGGCAGAGGCUACCACGCUAGCCCUGAUGGCACCAGAUGUAUAGAUAUUGAUGAGUGUCAGACAGGUGUCCACCGCUGUGGAGAAGGACAACUGUGCAACAACCUGCCGGGAACAUACCGAUGCGACUGUAAAGCUGGAUACCAGUAUGACAUGUUCAGGAGAAUGUGUGUAGAUGUGAAUGAAUGCUGGCGCUACCCCGGCCGGCUAUGUGCCCAGACGUGUGAAAACACUCCGGGCUCGUAUCACUGUUCCUGCACCUCUGGCUUCAGCUUAUCCAGCGAUGGCAAGAACUGUGAAGAUGUGAAUGAAUGCCUGAAUAACCCUUGCAGUCAGGAGUGCGCCAACGUCUAUGGCUCCUUCCAGUGCUAUUGCAAACAGGGCUACUAUCUGCGAGAGGAUGGCCUCACCUGUGAAGAUAUUGACGAGUGCUCUCAGAGUGUUGGCCACCUGUGUGCCUUCAAAUGUGUGAAUGUUCCAGGCAGCUACCAGUGUUCCUGCCCUGAACACGGCUACAGCAUGUCCCCUAAUGGACGCUCCUGCAAAGAUAUAGACGAGUGUGCGCUCGGAGCUCACAACUGCACCAUUGAGGAAACCUGCUACAACAUCCAGGGAGGAUUCCGCUGUCUGUCUUUCAGCUGUCCACCAAACUACCGCCGACUUUCUGACACACGCUGUGAGCGCAUCAGUUGCGCCAACUUCGUAGAGUGCCAGAACACUCCGGUGAGGAUCACCUACUACCAGCUCAGCUUCCAGACCAACAUCAUCAUCCCUGCUCAAAUCUUUCGCAUAGGCCCCUCCCCCGCCUACUCCGGAGACAACAUCAUCAUCAGCAUCAUCAGGGGCAACGAGGAGGGCUACUUCAGCACCAGAAAACUGAAUGCAUACACCGGCGCCAUCUACUUGCACAGGCAGGUGCAGCAGUAUCGGGACUUCCUUGUUGACGUGGAGAUGAAGCUGUGGAGGCAGGGCACUUUCACCACUUUCCUGGCCAGGAUCUAUGUCUUUAUCACACCUAACAUCCUGUAGCAUCCCCACCUGAACUUACAGUCAGCUCUUUACAAUCACACCUUAAAACUGCGUCACUUAAUCAUAAAUUAAAUUGUAUUUAUUAUUAAGCCUGCUAAGCCUCAAGGCACUGCUGACUGAUCUGAUGUAGAUCGGUGGUGUCACUCCAAUCUUAGAAGGCCACAGCACUGCAGAGUUUACAGUUUUUCCUGAUUUAAGAAGUAAAAAGUUGAAUGUACGCAGUUUUCCCUUUGCUCCAAAUGCAGAAAGUCAGCCAAGACAUAUUUGGUAAUGACUAGUGUUGCACAAUCUAAAUCAUACACUUCAUUAUUGUUUUUAGCUAUGCAACAAAUCUUUGUCUGUACAGUUUGAGGUGUGUGAUGAUCAGGGUUAUUAUAGUUAUUAAUUUUUUACUACACUGUAGCAACCAGCUGGGAUGCCACAGCAAAGGCCUAGAAAUACCUUAACAACUGCGUGGGAUUACAUAACAACAAUGUAGCAAGACCUUAGCAGCGACCUGGGAUAAAAUAGCAAUGGCCUAGCAACAUCUUAAUAACCCCCUGAAUACCAUAGCAACAACCCAGCAGCACUAUAGCAACUACCUGGGAUAUCACA